GGAAGGAAGGAAAGAAAGGAAAGAAAGAGAAAGAAAUCCCGGACAGGCGCUGGAGUGAGGCUCCUUCUUUCCGCCUGAGGGAAGGAAGGUAAUGAGACACCAGGAGCCGGCAGGUGUCCGCGCCUGCUCCGCUCAGCCGCCGCGAAGAACACAAAGUGUCAAUGCCACCGCUGGAGGGCUCAGUGCUGCUCCGGCUGCGCUCCGCACGGCCAUGACCUCACAUCCCCGGAGCCGGGACUGGUGGGGGGGGGGCGGGGGCGGGGAGGCCGCUCCUUCGGCGGUCGGGCGAGGCUUGGAGCUGACGGGACUGGGAAGCGCUUAGAUGGGCUCCAGGAAUCCCAGUCCUAGGGAGGAGCGAGAGUCCAAGGUCCCUCUGUGGGAACUCCCGCGCUGCCUUUUCGUAGUGCUCCCGGGUUGGGGUGAAAGAGAAGCUGUCACCUGGAGAACAGAAAAGCGCAAAAGAAUAAGGCAGCUUCUCCUGGAGCCGAAGAGAGCGGCACCAAGCCAGGGCCUUCGUAGGGACUGUUCCUCUAAGCGAGAAGAUCAUGGCUUCAGAGACUUCUGUGAAAAUGCUUCAGACAGAUCUUACAUUCAGAGAUUGCAUGGAAGAAGGACAGUCUGGUAAAGAUCUCCAAAGAAAAUGUCUGGCAGUUCUAUCUCCUUUAACACCUGCCAAGGUUUUUUGUUACUUUUUCAUCAUUGCAGUCCUAACUGCAGGUGUGGUUGCACUUUCUACUGUUUUGUCAGUGAGACAGGAAAAGGUGGUCUUAGAGUCCUCUCUGUAUGCUGCCUGCCCGAAAAGCUGGAUUGGAUUUGGAAGUAAAUGUUUUUAUUUUUCUGAAGACACAAGGAAUUGUACAUUCAGUCAAACCUUCUGUGCCUCCUUAGAAGCCAACCUUGCUCAAUUUGAAACUCUGGAGGAAUUGAAUUUUCUGAAAAGAUACAAAGGCCCUUCUGACCAUUGGAUCGGCCUUAGCCGAGAAUCAGCACAGGACGUUUGGAAGUGGACAGACAAUACUGAAUACACCCUCUCGUUUGGCAUCAGAGGAGUUGGAGAAUGUGCCUAUCUAAAUGACAAUGGAAUCAGUAGUGCCAGGACCUACACAGACAGGAAAUGGAUUUGUAGCAAGCCAAACAGUUAUGUGAGCAGCUGCCAAAUUACAGAUGCUUAAGGGGGAUGCAUUGCAAAUUGUUGUAUAUAGCUGCUGCUUCUAUUUUUGUCUACCAAAAAUAUUAUCAAUAUGCAUCAUAAUUUCUGUUAAUUGGAAAGAUGCAAACAAUUAAAGAUUGAAAUAAUACAUAGUAGAAUAAUACAAGUAUUUGGAAGACUAUGUUUCUAAAUUAAAUGUUUGGGUAUGAGCUGAUGCUUACAUUUGGAAUGUAGAGUACAGUAAAUAUCAGUGAACGCCUCUCCUUUGACCAGGUAUAAAAUUUCUAGAUAGACAGUCUUUGCUUUGCAUGCAUGGAAUGUAGAAGUGAAUAUGCUGACUAAAACCAUGCAAAGUGACUUUUAUAAUCAGUGAGAAUAAUUAUAAUUGGUCCAUGACUUUAAAAAUUUGUUAACACAUUCAAAAUUCUCUUACAGAAUUUAGUUACAAAUAUAAAGAGACAUUUAUAAAGUCCUAAGACUAAUAUUUAUUUUUUACUCUGCAAUUUGAAACAUUAGAAAAUCAACAAAGUACUUUUUACAAUUUCUCAAUGUUUGUGUUUUAAAAUUACAGUGUACUAAAUAAAUGCAUCUAUAAGCAAAUACCAUUCUUCCUUUUACCUUUUAUUAGAUUUAAAUACUGCUUUUAUCUCAGAUAAAAUCACAGAUAUUUACUGGAACUCUUUAAACAUUCAAUAGCCAAUUUUAUAACUUCCUAUAAACUGCUGAGUUUUAAAAACAAAAUAAUUAAAAAUUUAUAGAAGCGGCUACGCUAUACUGAUGAGUCUCAAAGAAGAUGAAACAACAAUUUACAAUGCAUCUUUUCCCUUCUGUCUUCAUCAAUUUGUUUUUAUAAUUUUAUGAAAUUUUGUUUUAUAUGUUUUAAGGCUAUGUUAUCAGAUGUAUGCAAGUAUAUUUCAUUUAGGAAGCAUGUCUAUUUUUUAAUGAAUAGUCAUUAUUUACCCUUAAUCAUGCUUUCUGCCCUGAAUCAUUUUAUUACACAUUUCCUAAUAGGCAGGAACUAUGUUUAGUUCACUUCUGCAUCCUUAGAGACCAGCAUAAUGUCAAAUAUACGAUGUAUUCCAAACAUAUGUCUGGAAAGAAGAAAUGCUUCAUGAUAAUAAGCCUAUUUGUUUAGUUUCAGCUAAUGUUCUCAUAAAGAUGGGCAAAUUGAUACACAAACAUAAAUGCAAUGAAAAGCAAGAUUUUAUAUUGAUAAACUGUGUGUGACAAACUCACAAAUGAAGAGCCAAAUUGUGACCCUAACUGGCCUAGUAUUCUUUCACAAACCAGUUUCAAACUCAUAUACUACCUAAAGCUUGUAUUCCAUUACUUAACCAGCUGCAACCUUGAUAAAGUAUAGUUAUCCUUCAGCAUCCCUGGAGGAUUGGUUCCAGGAUCCUGAAGAUAGCAAAAUUUGUGGAUAUCAAAGUCCCUAAUGCAAAAUGGUAUAGAAUUUGCAUAUAACAUCCCUCCAAAUUUGACAUGC